UAUAAGUAAUGGCAGCGCCCAAGAAGCUAGUGCUUGCGAAUAUUUAGUUUUCGUAUAUACCCGUUUCCUUUCUCAUCACGAUGUUGACGAGGGUUGUACCAUGUGUGAGACUACUCUCCAAACACAAUGGCUUGAUAAGCUACACAAGGGGAUUGCAUUCAUCACCGUGUUUAACAGCAUUAAAGAAGACAGAGAAACAGGAAGGAUUUCGAAAGGACAUGCCAUCAGCUGACCAGCGUCCCCUUUAUCUAGAUGCCCAGGCAACAACACCAAUGGAUCCCCGCGUGUUGGAUGCAAUGCUACCAUACAUGGUGAGCUUGUACGGCAACCCCCACUCGCGCACACAUGCUUAUGGCUGGGAGAGUGAGGCCGCGAUGGAGAAGGCAAGAAAGCAAGUUGCAUCAGCAAUUGGUGCUGAUCCAAGGGAGAUAAUCUUUACAAGUGGAGCCACUGAGUCAAACAAUAUUGCAGUGAAGGGGGUGGCCAGAUUCUACAAGGAGAAGAAGAGGCAUGUGAUCACAACACAAACCGAGCACAAGUGUGUAUUAGACUCGUGUCGGGCGCUGGAGGCAGAAGGUUUUGAUGUGACGUACCUUCCUGUACAGACCAACGGCAUCAUCGACAUGAAGCUGUUGGAGGAGUCCAUGAGACCUGAUACAGUCUUGGUGUCCGUCAUGUUCAUUAACAACGAGAUUGGUGUCCGGCAGCCUGUCAACGAGAUCGGUGAACUCUGCAGGUCAAGGAAGGCGUUCUUCCACACGGACGCAGCCCAGGCUGUGGGAAAGGUUCCAGUGGACGUCAACGACAUGAAGAUUGACCUGAUGUCCAUCAGUGGACACAAGGUGUAUGGCCCUAAAGGUGUGGGUGCCCUGUAUGUGCGGCGACGCCCAAGGGUGCGUGUUGAGGCCCCUCAGAGUGGAGGAGGACAGGAGAGGGGGAUGAGGAGCGGCACUGUCCCCACCCCCCUCGUGGUCGGGUUUGGGGCUGCGUGUGAGGUUGCAGUCAAAGAAAUGGAAUACGACACGGAGAGGAUCAACAUGCUGUCCCAGAGGCUGAUAGAUCGCAUCACAGCCCAGGUGCCGCAGGUCAUCAGGAAUGGGGAUGCGGACCAAACCUACCCAGGUUGUGUUAAUCUGUCCUUUGCCUUUGUGGAAGGGGAGAGUUUGCUGAUGGCCCUCAAAGAUGUGGCAUUGUCAUCAGGAAGUGCAUGUACAUCAGCGUCGUUGGAGCCGUCGUAUGUGCUGAGAGCUAUAGGAGCCGAUGAAGAUCUUGCCCACUCGUCUAUCAGGUUUGGGAUUGGCCGGUUCACUACAGAGGAGGAGAUCGAUUACACAGCUGACCGCUGUGUCCAACACGUCAAGAGACUCCGUGAGAUGAGCCCCCUGUGGGAGAUGUUUCAGGAGGGUGUUGAUCUCAAGUCCAUCAAGUGGACACAGCACUGAAACACAGCACCGAAACACGGCCUUGUACAGCCACCAGUAUCUGUGUGCCAUACAUGCAAGCAGCUUCCACUAAGUGGGUGUGAUGUGGUGACACCAACCAUCGACGCCCGCAAACAUUGCCAGGUUCUCUACAUGUAAUGAGUUGGCAACAAGACAUGAUGCUGGGCUGUCAUUUAAUCAGAAGUCUCACUGGAGUUUUGACAAGACAAUCAUUAUUAUCCUAUUGUGUUAUGUUUCUGCUCCAUGCAAUGUUUUGUGUGAAUGUAAUUACUAGAAUGCCAUCUGUGUGAAAUCUGUAGGUGUGUUACUGUGUAUUUAUGCGGUGUCUCCAAGUACAAAAAUAAUCUUAGCAAAAUUACUUUUCUUGUAGUAUGUGCAACAUUCACUACUCAAAAGAAGUUAAAGAAAACUCCAUUUUUGUCAUAUGUCUACAGUUAAAUUGUCAUGGUUGUUGGGUAUUGCAACACAAUCUUCCAAUUACUGGUGGGGCAGUUGGGUAGCCUAGUGGUUAAAGCGUUGACUCGUCAUUCAUGCCUGGAUUCAAGUCCCCAUUUUGGUACAAUGUGUGAAGCCCAUUUCUGGCGUCCCCCGAUGUGAUAUUGCUGGAAUAUUGCUAAACAUGGUGUACAACCAUACUCAUUUUCUCUCUCCAAUUAUGGGUGUUCUUGUUUUCAGUGGUAUACAUUAAGAUAGAAUUCAGAUGACAGCCCUUAAAGGGGGACUCUGAUCCAUGAUCUGGUGUCCAUUUUCUGCCCAGGUGUAGGCAUUGUAAUUAAAUCCAUGUGACAAACUGAGACAGUGCCUUUGUGUAGUUACAGAAAUGAGAGUGAUCAGUAAAUGCUUAUAGACACAACCAGGAAAGUGUUCAGGGACUUGAAUAUUGGCUGGGACUGCCAUGUUUAGCAGAGUGGAGUCCUCCUUUAAUGAUAGGUAUACUGAACUUGGGUCCACGUCAUGUUAGCUAAGUUGUCCUGUGUACCGCUCACAGGUCAGAAAUAAGGUGAAGUCAAGCAAUGGUGGUCACAGAGUAAUUAUUUGGGUGACCACGUUCAGCUACUCGACUCCUGAGAGUUUCUAGGGCUUCGGUCCUGCCCCACACUGAAGCACAUGUUACAUGUGGUGUCUCCUUGGGCAAGUGACUUUGUUCGAAAUAUGCCUCUUUUUCACCUAGCAGUAAAUGGGUACCCGGUAGGAUGAGAUGGUAAUUUGACUGGUAACCUUCUUGCUCCUUACAAUGCAGCUUGGGUUGUAUACUCCCCGCGAGGACGAGAAUGAAAGUCUGGAGCACACUGGUCCAUUGACCGGGGUAAUAAUGUAGCCCUUAGAGUGGCUUUGGCAGUGUUAUCAAUAUGCACAUUAUUAUUUUAUGUGAAGAAUUUUUUUCUAAAUUUUGACACAUUGUGAUUUUGACAGAUUCGAGGUCAGUACUGUAACCAUGGUAACCAGAAUGUACGAAUUAAUGUUAAUCAACUGUGAGGAUAUAAUCUCUAUAAUCAGUGCCUGGCUUGUUUCCGAUAACCUAACAUAGCAUGACCUGGAGUUCUAGAUUUCAUUCCUUGCUUAACAUUUUGAAUAGUUUGACUCUGUGGUCCAUUGACUUUUAUUCAGUCCCUUAUAAGCUUGGUUGUGAGAAACCUCAGUGAAUUUCACUAAUAAGAGUUUGCCUCAGCCCUGUAUGUGGCAUAUUCUUGCAAUGUACACAUAGAUUUGUUGUGGAGUUGCUAUGCAAAGGUGUCGGUAGUAGUAAUGUUUGUUAUUUGUUGACUUUAAAUAAAGCUGAUAUUGUAUGUCCAUCGCCAUAGUUACCAACAGAGAUUAUAUUGUUUGGGGGAUCAUGGGAACAGUCAAUAUGCUGUUCAAAGACAUGUCAGCAGGAAUGGCAACUUUAUCUGGAACAUAUAGCUUUUCUCUAGUGUAAAUUUUCAUUAGUUGAUCUCAGGGAUUGCUGCAUUUUCAAAAACAUUUCCUAAACUGAUUUGACUUGGAAAUAUUCCAAUAGCUAUUGCAGUCUAAGGGCAUUGCUAUCUGAGGAAGGGCAUUGCUGUCUGAGGAAGGGCAUUGCUGUCUGAGGAAGGGCAUUGCUGUCUGAGGAAGGGCAUUGCUGUCUAAGGGCAUUGCUGUCUGAGGAAGGGCAUAGCUGUCUGAGGAAGGGCAUUGCUGUCUGAGGAAGGGCAUUGCUGUCUAAGGGCAUUGCUGUCUGAGGAAGGGCAUUGCUGUCUGAGGACGGGCAUAGCUGUCUGAGGAAAGGCAUAGCUGUCUAAGGGCAUUGCUGUCUGAGGAAGGGCAUAGCUGUCUAAGGGCAUUGCUGUCUGAGGAAGGGCAUAGCUGUCUAAGGGCAUUGCUGUCUGAGGAAGGGCAUUGCUGUCUGAGGACGGGCAUAGCUGUCUAAGGGCAUUGCUGUCUGAGGAAAGGCAUAGCUGUCUAAGGGCAUUGCUGUCUGAGGAAGGGCAUAGCUGUCUAAGGGCAUUGCUGUCUGAGGAAGGGCAUUGCUGUCUGAGGAAGGGCAUUACUGCUGGUUUGUAUUGCUUAGUUGGUUGUACUGAAAACUUUCAAAAUCAAAAUGUUGACAUGUAAGACACAGGGUACUUACUGUAUUGCUAACUGGAAGCAAUGUCCAGUGUGUAUAUUACAUGUACGGUUCCACUUACAUCCUUGAAAUAUGAUGUAACGGUUACUAGGGCUGGGACGGGUAACUCGGGUAUCCAGGUUGGGUGGAUCCUGAGUCGGACCCGGGUACCCAUAGGACUACCCGGACCUGUGGUUAGCCACAUGAUAUAUUGCUUAAUGGCUGUAACAGUAUGAAAAAUCAUUUGUUAAACCCCUCGCCUACACAGCUGUAUUUUCUUGGGGAAAAAACAUGCACAUUAUACACUAAAAAUUAGGGCAUAUAUUUAGAAUCGGAAUGUGAGUACAGUAACCCAAUGUGCAGGCCGGUGUAUUGUGGGGCCCCUUGUUGGGACGGGUAGUAGGGAGUCGGGUACCCGGUUCGGAAAGUCGUCACAGCCCUAACAGUUGGGUUGCUUGUUUAACCUCAUUAGGACAGACUUUUUCAUUGCCAGGUUUACAGAUUUUGUGAUGAAAGGAGGAAGGAGGAUAAACCUAGAUCAAAGGGUUUUGGAUUUUGUUCUUCAAAAUGCUAUCUGAAUAUGAUUCCUUUGGAGCCGUGUUAUCCGUUUCCUGUUGGGUUUUGCAGUUUAGCCAAGUGCUUGCACAGUGAUUGUGUGUUGAACGUGCAAGUUUCCAACUGGAGCAAUAAAACAAAUGAUUUUCAGAUUUGAUUUUUUUCACUAUUUUAUUAUUCCUUAUUUUAGAGUGAGGAAUGUGUAAAUCAGUAUUAAUUUGAAAAAUCUCACCUUAAACCCUAAAAUACUAUGGAUGUCGCAUUCCAUCCUGGUAUCGAUUCAUGGGAGUACUUGUGUCAGUGAUAUGAUGUACAAUGUUUCUUGUUUCUUGAAAUUUGUGACCACAGUGACAAAUGUCAGACAGACAGUGGACGCGGUUACUAGAAUAGGACGUGUAAGUCCAGGACGUGAGUUUGAGAAGUGGCAGGUGAUUUCACUUUAUUUUCUCGCUACCAUGUACAUUUGUGAAGUAACUGCUACCGACCAUUUGGCCAGCACCAUGUGUACAGUGGUCUGUAAAUAGUUGCAUGUCUGUUAUGACCAGGACAUGCAACAUGUACAGGAUAUAUAUAUAGUCUGUUUGAUCGUGAAUACAACUUUAUGAGAAAUCUA